AUCGCUUCAUUCAAACCCUGCCCGCUAACGCACAAAUACCAAACAACCCUCCCCGCGCCGCCUAUUCGCCAUGGCCGCCAUUGCCGACUCCUCGACGCAGGAAGCGCCAAAUAUGACGCCCGAGUACGAGGUCAAGCUCCUGCUCAAACCCACCGCAGUCCUCAACCGCAACAAGGAGCUCAUAAGCACCGUCCUAUCCACCUUCGAUAUGCCCCCAAGCGUCACUAAACAGAAUAUCCAGUUUCUCGACACGGACAGCAAGGAUAUCUUUACCGCCGGCUGGAACGCACGCAUCCGCAAGACUGAGAACGAGGAUAACUUGGAGCUGACGUAUAAGAAGCGGUAUGCUAUCGUGGGCGGUGAUAUCGACGCCGCGCUCACUACGGCUAAUAACAAUGGUUUCGACGCCGGCGACGCGAGAUAUGAGGCGCAAGUCGAAUGGGGCUACCAGAGGCAGACACUCUCUAUCAGCCGCAAGAAGACAGUCACGGAUUCUAUAAACAGCGGGAUAGAUCUGCCGGGGGAGCGCGACUCGUGUGAUAUACUGGUGGAUAAAGCACCUGAUAAGUUCGACAACUGGCUGCAUAAUAAAUGGGGCACCGGCGCGUUGGCAGAGUCACGUAUUUUCGGGCCGGUCCCCGCCAAGCGCUCCAUUGGCACGUGGGAGGGGAUGCGGCUCUACAUCGAGGUCUGGCCCAUCCGCAACCGCGCAGGCAGGGGGAUCGACUACCUCGUCGAGGCAUCCUUCAAGACUAAGAACCGCACGACAGCCUCGACUAAGCACGACAGCCUCAUCUCCUAUCUGCAGGGCAAGGGUUGGUUUCUUGAAGAGGACUCGCUAAAGACGCAGCUUAUUAUGGAACGCUAUUAA